UGGUUACCAUCAACCUGUAUCGGAUAGAUCAGUUCCCUACCUAUAAUAUAAAUACUGCCAUCGACAGUGGAUUUUCUUUUGCAUCUGUACUUCAAAUCCGACCUUGCGCUUAUUGCUACCUCUUGAUAUACUAGGUACUGAAUAUAAGCAUCAACCUAUCAACAUGUCGCGUGUACCCAAGGCGAAACUUGCUAGGCUACCGCCUAUCCGGACUCAGCAAGAGAUAAGGGAACUUCCUGCCAACACCGUUUUCGUAUCUAUAGAUACUUCGGGGGCCAGACCAAUGUCCAGUGCUGACGUAAUCGGUGAAGUUGGCCUCGCACUUCUACCUCGACUCCGGGAACUCCCAUGGAUUCACUAUGGGAAAACAUACUCUCAGAUCUUCAUCGAGAACCACAACGUCCAAUUUUAUUGCAUCAGAGGAGUCCGUCCUCAAUUCCUCGGCAAUGAGUUUUAUUCCACUCCUCCAAGCGACAGUCUUCUACCCCCAUGGAUCCCGGAAGACAGCUGGUCGUUGCGAGUCGCGUUCGAGGAAACCAUACGACGGAUCCGCAACAGAUAUGCGCCGGGAUGUAAAAUAGCAAUCGUCCAUCCUGGACAUUACCAGGAUUUCAGGCGCAUUGGUAUGACAUCCGAGGAUGUGAUCAACUGUAUCGACUACAGCAUCACUCAUAUGCCGGAACUCGAGAUCACCUUUGGAAAACCGGUAGAGAUUUACCCUUCCUAUGUUUGCAAGAUAGGCGAUGAACGCGAAUACAAUUAUGCCAAAAAAGCCGUAUGGGCUUUGGAGAGCCUGCACCAGUGGGUAUACCCACGAAGACCCGGGUCGGCCAAGAUAGAGGUUUCCACCAACGUCAACGGCAAGUUCAAGACGGAGUUCAGGGCGAUGAUCGCCGUAAAAAAGGUCCGCUUCACACAACCUCUCCUUCCCUUUCCGCCGUCUAUAAAUUCCGCGCAAAAGCUGGCCGAAGCUUUCGAAUCUUACGAACCCAUUCACGUCGCGGCCAGCAUUUACAACCCGGCAGCCUCAAAGGACAAGCUUCCCUCUACUCAUUCUAUCCACGCGGUGGGUGUGAGACGCGGCUGUCUCUGCUUUGAGACGGAGAAAGCAGUAGAUAAAUUCGUCGAGGAAAUCGAUGGCUUGGAGGUAGACGGGAUUCAACUGAUUGUUUUGCGCAUACCUCCCAAUUGCUGAUUGAAUUAAGCUGAUUUGGUCUCGAUGAGAAUGAAGCUUUCUUUUUGCGAUUGAAUUGGGAACUGGGUACUGGUCACUAGGUAGUUAUUGGUUAUUGUUUAGGAUCUGAUUAUAUUUGAUUUGGAGGCGGGACUUGGGAAGGAAUGUCGCUGCCAAGCAUUGCUGCGUUCUUACCUAAUCGCAUUUAACCUAUCGGGAGUGCUUUCUCCACCAUAGCUCUAGCUUAUGUAGGUUAAUUACUAGGCCAUUUAGGUACCUGC